AUGACCCCCCCCCCCCAAACUCAGCAGGCAGGCUUGUCCUGGCUUGGUGUGCAGCGGUCGAAGCUCCAAGUUCGUAGUCACGUGGGAGUUGAUUUGGGGAAGAACCAAGACAACCCAGUCGUGCCUUUGCAAAAUCGGCCCACAGAGGACCAAUCGCACCGCGCUCACAUUGAGCCUCCUCGUGAAACCGGUACCGAUGUGCUUUGCGAAAGCGGGCAAGACAACAGCAGUUGGAGAGGCAACAUCCAAUGGUGCCUCUUGGUCCAUGCCAACACUACAUUGUUCGCCACUUUGCCAGACAAGCACCAUGUGCUUGUGCAAAGCAUUGUGGGCGCGGUUGGAUGCCAGCAUCCCCCGGGUCGGUUUCUGCAGAAGGAUCUCACAAGCGGCAGGUGGUGUUUGAUGGAUGAGAAGAAAGCCGAAGAUAUGACAUUUGUAGCAUUGGAAAAGGCAAGCAAAGCAAGAGGUUCCACCGCGAGUGGAACAGACGGAGUGUCUAAGAGCGGAAGCACCCAAGUGCAGAGUGCGGAAGAAAAAUCAGAGUUGGCGACAACUGAGAGCAGCAAGGAGGAUCAAAAGCUGAUGCCAGAAGCAAGCAACAAUAAGAAAGAUUCUUUUUGGGAAGACAGCUUAUUGACUCCCAACGCUUCCACAGAGUUUUCUUCCUUUUCAUUCGAGCUGCAAUCGAAGAAAGGAAAGCUGAAGCUACAACUCAAGCAAUACGAUAUAGACUUUGCUCGCAGGCACGAUCGAAUGCCAGGGAGGAAAGAAAAGGAACCGAUUCGCCAUCUUUACGACGAAUACAACGCCCUGAAAUGCCAAAUUGCCAUGUUAGAAAAAGAAGGGGAUGCGGUCGCUUUAUCCGCGGCGAACUCCUCACGUUCAGCCGGUCAACCUCUCCCUACGCCUGAUGAACCGCGAACACAGAAGUCCUUCACUUGCUAUUCUUGCUCAAUCAGAUUCCCGUCCAGUCAAGAGUUGGAUGUCCAUAUCUUGUCUGAUCCGGGCCAUCUCAGGAAAGUGUAUGAAAGCGAGGGCAUGGAGCUGGAUGCUCGAGCUGCUGCUGAGGGAUGGGCUGCCAGUGCAAUCAGUGAUGUAGUACUGGUACCCACACAAAGUGACAACACACUUGCGGGGAAGGAACACAGCGAGGAUGCAACAAAGUCAGCAGCUAAAGCAAUCAGUAAAGGCGACAAAGAGGAAGAACAGAUGCUGAAACUGGCCAUGAUGGAAUCAAUUCUAGAAGCGCGAGGUGUUUGCAUCCCGAACAAGUAUGACGGCGACAACGACGGAUCCUUCUACGACGGUGAUUGCUCGGAGGGAGAAUACGACAAUGGCUUUGAAAAAGGACAGGAGGACGAAGAUGAAGACGCCUUCUCCUAUGGCGAUAAAAACUUCUUCGAAGACGAGUGGUACGAUGACUCAGACAACGAAAAGGACCGCACCGCCGAACAAGUCUCUCCUCGCAAUGACGAAGACGAGGAGGACUCGGAUGGAGAAUGCAACAAUCGCUUGGUUGUUGAAGGUGACGGGGGCUUAACUAGCGACCAAGAACACGAGACAACUGUACCAUCCGAGAACGAAGUUGGUGCUCUGAGCAGCUUAAGCGAUCACCUCUCCAACGAAAAUCAAACCCAAGAGGCUGCAUCCGACGACAUCUCGAGCAACUCGGAAGACCAGUUGCCAGUGAGUAGCGGCAGUGAUGACGACGAAAGCUGGUCGCAAAUCUCCUGUCAAAACCCAACCUGCACUGCCAGCAAAGACGCCAUUGCAAUGGACGGAUCCGACAGCACCGUUAGCGGGUGGAAUCUCAUAGAGCCCGAAUUUCCGGAUGGGACUUCUUGA